UUUCAGAAGAACGUUAGCAGAGAUCUACACAGUUGCGGAACCUACUGCCAUACUCAGCUGUCUCUCGUCUCUGCAUAUCCAGCCACAAGCAUUUCAAGUUCCAUUUCUCUUUAUCUCUGUGUGUAAAGUGCAAGACAAUUGCAAGAUGUUUCUCGCCGAAUGCUUUCUGUUGCUUCUUAGCUUUCUCCUUAGCUUUGCAUUGUCUUCCAUAUUUAUUAGCAAGAAACAAAACCUCAGUUAGGAAGCCGUUUGUACUUCGAGGUUUCAACGGAUGUUCGUGGAAAUAGGAAAUUUGUUAGGAACUUUUAAUAUAGCAGACUUCAUACCUUGGCUUGGGUGGGUGAAUUUUGUAAAUGGUUUCGAUAAGAGGAUGGAGAAAUUUUUUUUAGAGAUAGAUGUUUUUCUUGAUAUAGUGAUUCAACAACACAGAAUGGGACAUAAGAAAAAAGACAAUCAUAAUAAUGAUACACACAUUGACUUAGUAGACAUCCUCCUUCAGAUUGAAAAAGACAAGAGCUUUGGAAUUUCUCUUUGGAACGAUAACAUCAAAGCCAUUCUAUUGGAUAUGUUUGGCGCUGGAACUGAUCCCACAAGUAUACUUCUGGAGUGGACGAUGGCAGAAAUUUUAAAGCAUCCAGAAGUAAUGAAAGAAAUUCAAGAGGAAAUAAAGGGGGUCACAAGGGGCAAAGAGAAUAUUGCAUAUGUUGAUAUAAAACAAAUGCAUUAUUUGAAUGCAGUGAUUAAGGAGACACUAAGACUGCAUCCUCCACUCCCCUUAUUGAUUCCACGUAAAUUGACAGAAAAUGUCAAUAUACAAGGAUUUGAUGUUCUAGCGAACACAAUAGUAAUAAUCAAUGCAUGGGCCAUUGGAAGGGACCCUGUGUCCUGGGAUGAACCUGAGAAGUUCAAACCAGAGAGGUUCUUGAAUGAUGUAAUUCCAUUUGGAAUAGGUAGGCGAGGAUGCCCAGGAGCUCAAUUCGCUUUUGGCAUUGUUCAACUUGUAAUCGCUAAUCUUUUGCACAAGUUUGACUGGUCCUUGCCUUGGGGAUUGAGUGGGGAGGACUUAGAUAUGACGGAAGCUACCGGCUUAUCGAGUCAUUUAAACUCUUAUCUUCAAGUUCUUGUUACUCUGAAGAAUUUUAAUGGCCCACCUACCAGUUCCACAAAAAUAGAUUUUUUUUUUUUUUUGAGAUAUUUGUAAAUUCUUAUAUAAAUCCAUGUGAUAUUAUUAGUGCC